UUUAGCUUGCCCGGCCAAAUAUCUUCUUCCUUCUUCGUUACCCGCUCAAACUGCCAACGUUAUCGCGACCAGUGGCGGAGCGGGCGUUCAACUCCACUCUCCUCCGUCCGGCCCCGGCGCCCGCGGCGACCACACCUGCGACUCCGCCGCCACCUCCAUGUGCGCCUGACCCCCCACUCCCUCUCGGACCCGAUGCCUCUCAUGGCCAUCUCCUCCCCACUACCCUUCUCCUUCCCCCUCCCCUCCGCGCACCACCCCCGUCGCGCCACCGCCGGGGCCACAGCAGCGCCCUCCGCCACCGCCAGCGACGACUUCGACUACCCCCUCGCCGACCCCUCCGUCCGCUGGCCCAGCCUCCGCUUCCCGCACCUCCCCGCGCCCCGCUUCCCCGCCGCCGACGCCGCCCCUCCCGCCCCGGCGAGGCCGGAGCCCGCGAAGGACGACUCAACCGCGCCCUCCGCCUCCGGCCCCUCGGCCGUCGCCGUCGCCGUCGAGCCGCUGGACGCGCGGGCCCACCGCGGGAGGCUGAAGAAGCUGAGCAAGGUCGCGCUGCGCCGGGCGCGGGACUGGCGGGAGCGCGUCUCGGACCUGGCGGACCGCCUCCUGGCGCUGCCCCCCGGCGCGCCCGUCGCGGAGGUGCUCGACGGCGCGUGGGUGUCCCCCGACGAGCUUGCCUACGUCGUGCGCGCCGUGGGCGCGGCCUCCUGGCGGCGCGCGCUCGACGCCUUCGAGUGGCUCGCGGCGAGCGGCGACGGGAGCCCGGGCCCCCGCGUCGUCGCCGUCGUGCUCGGGGUCCUCGGCCGCGCUCGCCAGGACGGGCUCGCGGAGGAGGUCUUCCUCCGCUUCGCCGGGGAGGGCGCCACCGUGCAGGUGUUCAACGCCAUGAUGGGCGUGUACGCCCGCUCCGGCCGCUUCGACGACGUCCGGCAGCUGCUUGACGCAAUGCGCGGCCAGGGUAUCGAGCCAGACCUUGUCAGCUUCAACACUCUGAUCAACGCCAGCGCCAAGUCCGGGUGCUUAGCCCCUGGCGCCGCCUUUGAUCUCCUGCACGAAGUCCGGCAAGCUGGGCUCAGGCCGGACGUUAUCACUUACAACACCCUGAUCAGUGCUUGCUCGCAAGGUUCCAUUUUAGACGAUGCAGUGGCAGUGUUCAAAGAGAUGAUUGAUUCAGAGUGUCGGCCAGACUUGUGGACGUACAAUGCCAUGGUGUCAGUUCAUGGCCGGUGUGGGACGGCACGGGAGGCUGAGCAGAUGUUCAUGGAGCUGCUAGACAAGGGUUUCAAGCCGGAUGCAGUUACCUAUAAUUCUCUCCUUCAUGCUUUUGCGAAGGAAGGAGACGUCGACGCGGUGGAGCGUGUGUGUGAGGAGUUGGUUAAGGCUGGGUUCAGGAAGGAUGGAAUUACUUAUAAUACCAUGAUUCAUAUGUAUGGGAAAAUGGGCAGGCUUGACCUGGCACUUGGUCUGUAUGAUGAGAUGAGAGCCAUAGGUUGCACUCCAGAUGCUGUGACUUACACUGUCUUGAUUGAUUCUCUGGGGAAGGUGGAUAGGAUUUCUGAUGCAGGGAAGGUGCUGGAGGAAAUGGUAGAUGCAGGGUUAAAGCCAACCCUGGUAACCUUCAGUGCUUUGAUAUGUGCAUAUGCCAAAGGUGGGAGGCGGGACGAGGCGGAGCAGACAUUUGAUCGCAUGGUUGCAUCAGGUGUCAAACCCGAUCGUUUAGCCUAUUUGGUUAUGCUGGACAUUAUCGCAAGGUCUGGUGAGACAAAAAAGCUGAUGCUCCUGUAUCAGACAAUGAUGAAGGAUGGUUAUAUGCCAGAUGACACCUUGUAUCAGGUUAUGCUUGUUGCACUUGCAAAAGGAAAUAAACACGAGGAGAUUGAAGGAGUUGUCCAAGACAUGGAGGUUGUUUGUCAAAUGGAUAGGCAACUGGUAUACAGUGUACUCAUCAAGGCGGGUUGCAUUUCUCAGGGUGCUAAGCUGUUAAAGAAGGCAUGCCUACAAGGACAUGAGCCUGACAGUAAGAGUUUACUAUCCAUUUUGGAUGAUUAUGAAACAAUGGGAAAGCAUGAAGAAGGCCUCUCCUUGCUUCAAUGCAUCCGGGAGAAUGUCCCCAGCUCCCAUAACUUGAUAUCUGAAUGUUCCAUCAUGCUUAUGUGCAAAAACCAGAAGAUUGCUGCUGCCCUUCAAGAGUACAGCAGUAUGCAGACAUUAAAAUGUGGAUCUUUUGGUCAAGAUCGUAACUUGUAUGAGUGCUUGAUUACAUGCCUUGAAGAGGCUGAAUUCUUGCCAGAAGCUUCUCAGGUGUUCUGCGACAUGCAGUUUAUUGGCAUAGAGCCUUCCCAGAAGAUAUAUGAGAGUAUGAUCUCUACAUAUUGUAAAUUGGGCUUCCCAGAAACAGCUCGCCAAUUGAUGGAUGAAGCUGUACAGUCUGGUGUUUGGCUAAAUACUCUUUCAUCUAGAGUAACCAUAAUCAAAGCAUAUGGGAAGACAAAACUGUGGCAGCAUGCGGAAAAUUUCGUGAAAGGACUGAAUCAAGAGGCAGGUGUUGACAGGCGAAUUUGGAAUGCGUUGAUACAUGCCUAUGCCGAGAGUGGCCUUUAUGAGCAAGCAAGGGCAGUCUUUGACGUUAUGAUUAAAAAGGGCCCUCUACCAACUGUUGAUUCAAUUAAUGGAAUGAUGAGAGCAUUGAUUACUGAUGGCAGGCUAGAUGAGUUGUUUGUGGUUGUUCAGGAGCUUCAAGAUAUGGGUUUCAAGAUCAGCAAAAGCACAGUAAUCCUUAUGCUUGAAGCUUUUGCAAAAGCUGGGGAUGUUUUCGAGGUAAUGAAAAUAUAUAAUGGAAUGAAGGAAGCAGGAUACCUGCCAAACAUGCACAUCUACAGAAGUAUGAUUUCCUUGCUCUGCCGUAAUAAACGAUUCAGGGAUGUUGAAUUGAUGGUUGCGGAGAUGGAGGCAGCAGGAUUCAAGCCAGAUCUAGUCAUACUUAAUACCCUUCUUUUGAUGUAUACUGGGAACAGAGACUUUGAUAAGACAGUAAAAGUAUACCAUAGUAUUUUGGAAGCUGGCCUAGAGCCUGAUGAAGAUACGUAUAAUACACUGAUAGUCAUGUACAGUAGAAACUUGAGGCCUGAAGAAGGUUUUACUCUCUUGAAUGAGAUGGGUAAACGAGGUUUGACACCCAGGUUAGAAUCCUAUAAAAGCUUGCUUGUAGCAUCUGGAAAAGCAAAACUAUGGGAGCAAGGUGAACAGCUUUUUGAGGAAAUAAGGUCAAAGGGUUAUCGAUUAAAUCGAUCUUUAUAUCACGUAAUGAUGAAGAUGUACAGAGAUGCCUGCAACCAUUCCAAAGCCGAGCAACUACUAGCAGCAAUGAAAGAAGACGGCAUCGAACCGACAAUUGCCACUAUGCACAUCCUCAUGACUUCUUAUGGAACUGCGGGGCACCCAGUUGAAGCUGAGAAAGUGCUGAACAGCUUGAAAUCUUCCAGUUUGGAAGUCAGCAGUUUACCAUACAGCACUGUUUUUGACGCUUACUUGAAAAAUGGUGACUACAAUCUUGCAAUCACAAAGUUGUUGGAAAUGAAAAGAGAUGGUAUAAAACCAGAUCAUCAAGUUUGGACAUGUUUCAUCAGAGCCGCUAGUUUGUGUGAGCGGACUGAUGAUGCCGUUCUUCUCCUAAACUCGUUACAGGAUUGUGGAUUUGACCUUCCUAUUAGGCUCCUGACUGAGAGGACUCCAUCCCUGUUAACUGAGGUUGACAGUUUUCUACAAGAACUUGAGACACUAGAAGAUUCUGCUGCUCUGAAUUUUGUAAAUGCACUAGAAGACCUGUUGUGGGCAUUUGAGCGUCGAGCAACUGCUACAUACAUUUUCCAGUUGGCAGUAAAUAGAAGCAUAUACCGUCACAGUAUCUUUCGGGUGAUAGAAAAAGACUGGGGAGCUGACUUCCGGAAGUUGUCUGCUGGGGCUGCACUUGUCGCUCUAACAUUAUGGCUUGAUCAAAUGCAAGAUGCUUCACUGCAGGGUUCACCAGAAUCCCCCAAAUCUAUUGUACUGGUCACAGGGGAGGGGGAAUAUAACAUGGUAUCCUUGCGUAAGACGAUCAGAGCGUACCUUUUGGAAAUGGGCUCCCCUUUCUUGCCAUGUAGAGCUCGAACAGGUCGCUUUGUGGCGAAGUUUUACUCUCUUAAGAUGUGGCUGAAAGAUUCUCCUUUCUGCAUGGAUCUUGAGUUGAAAGACGCUCCAGCUCUUCCUAAAAUGAACUCAAUGAAGCUCACUGAAGGGUACUUCAUGAGAGCUGGUCUUGUAUCAACAUUCAAAGAUAUACACGAGCAACUUGGGGAAGUACGGCCAAAGAAAUUCUCCAGAUUAGCUAUGUUGUCAGAAGAAAGCAGGGCCAAAUUUAUUAAAGCUGAUAUAAAAGGAAGGAAACACAAACUGGAGAGAAUGAAAGAAAAGGGGCUUGUCAUACCAAGAAAAUCUAAAAAAGGACCACGGAGAGCAAAAUUUGUUAGAGAACAAAGCACGCAGGAGGUUUUGAAGUAGUGUUUGUUUUGCUUCAUCACGACAUUUGGACAAACGGCACUGUGGCAUUAACAUGAAUAUUCUUAAUGGGAGAAGACGAAAAGGGAAUGGUGAAAAUACUGUGAUGCUGAUCGGUCAAGGUAUGAGUGUGAUCGAACAAAAGAUGGGAUGCAUUAGCUUCCAGGUUAAUUUGUCACAGCCUAUCAAGUUCAUACUGAGAUGAACAAGUGUUGGAGAUGGGAUGUUUCACUCAGCAUGACAUCAUCAUGGGACACUGUAAUUCAAAACAAUGCCCUUAUCCACGCCGUACUUGGAGUAACCUUUACAACUGUUUAAGGAGAAUUUCCCUGAAUCGGAGCUCUUAAUGUUCCUCUCGAUACCAAAGAAGCCGACUCCGAGCGAGGGAAACAUACCACACGAGCCAGCCAUGGCGCUCUUCCGUCUUCUUGGAUCUAGACAUAUGCAGAACGUUUUUGGAACGAGGCGCUUCUCUGGUUUGAUCUUCGACUCCCCCGACCACAUCCAGAUUCAUGGGCAAGAGAUAUUCUCUGUGACCCCCACUUUUCGGAUGGAGAUAGGCCCAAGAUUAUUACGAUCAUGUGGUCUAUUUGGCACUCUAGGAACAAACUGAAGCAUGAGGAGGGAGGAUCCGAUCCGACUAACUGCAUGCGCAUGACCAGAGAAGCCCUUGCGCUUCUUGAACUCCCACUAUAAAGCAAGCUAAGCCGGCCUAGUUAAAAUCAACACAGAUGGUGCUAUAUCAUUUGAUUCUAAUAGAGCCGGUGCAGGUGGAGUGGCUCGAUCUAGUGCUGCUCUUAUGGGUGCAUGGCGCAAACCAUAUGUGGGUAUCAGUGAUCCUCUCAUCGCUGAAGCAAAGGCGCUGUGUGAUGGUGUCAUCUUUGCCAAACUUCAUGGAUACAAAGCAUGCGAUAAUGGAGGUGGACUGCUGGAACACUCGCCACAGUUCUCGAGUCGAUUGUGGCUCCUAUCUUGUUGAAAUUGGAGAGCUAGUUCAUGAUUUUUCUUUUUUUGUAAUCCAGCAUGUAAAUCGAUCAGCUAAGGUACCAGCACAUCUUUGAGCCAAGCAUGCCUGCACUUUGAACGUGA